CUUGAUCAGCUCCGCAGAUGUCCGCCUCCCUCCCCGGCAGUCGGGACCUCCCCCGGUCUCAAUAUGACCUGACAACCUACUGGGGCCGCGUGCGUCACGCGGCUGACCUCUCCGACCCGCGGAUGCUGUUCGUGUCUUCUUCGGGUCUGGAGCAGGCCAAGGCGCUGGUCUCCUCAUACAAGCAGAACCAUCUUCCGGCGAUGACUCCAGAACUGUGGCGCGCGAAGAAGGUGGUCGAUUCCACGCUGCACCCUGACACCGGCGAGCCGGUCUUCCUUCCCUUCCGCAUGUCCUGCUAUGUUCUGUCGAACCUGGUCGUAACAGCUGGUAUGCUUACGCCCGGUCUGCAGGCAACUGGCACCCUCCUCUGGCAGAUUGCCAACCAGUCGCUCAACGUCGCCAUCAACAACGCCAACGCGAACAAGUCUACCCCCCUGUCCGUCUCGCAAAUGGCCAAAUCCUACAUGAUGGCGGUGUCGGCCUCCUGCUCCGUGGCCCUGGGUCUCAACGCCCUGGUGCCCCGACUGAAGGGCAUCUCGCCGAACACGAAGCUGAUUUUGGGUCGUCUGGUGCCGUUCGCGGCGGUGUCCAGCGCCAGUGCGCUGAACGUGUUCCUGAUGCGCGGAGAGGAGAUCCGUCAGGGUAUCGACGUGUACCCGGUGCUGUCGGAGGCGGAGAAGAAGAAGCGCGAGGAGACCGGCGAGCCGGUGGAGAGUCUGGGCAAGAGCAAGAAGGCGGCGACGAUUGCAGUGGGCGAGACGGCCAUCAGUCGGGUGCUGAAUGCCACGCCCAUCAUGGUAGUGCCGCCGUUGGUGCUGGUGAAGUUGGAGAAGACGGCGUGGCUGAAGGCUCGGCCGCGCAUGAUUCUCCCGCUGAACCUGGGACUGGUGUUGGCGACGUCGCUGUUUGCGCUGCCGCUGGCGCUGGGAGCGUUCCCGCAGCGACAGGCGAUUAGCGCGACGAGUCUGGAGCCGGAGUUUUGGGAGAAGGGAGGAAAGGAUGGGCAGGUGGAGUUUAACCGGGGGAUGUGA